AAGUAACGAAACGAUAAACGUUAUUCCACGAUGUCAAGAGGAUUAAAUUGAACAAGAGUCAAUUAAUUAAUUAAUAGUAACUAUAGUAUAAACUAAGUAAAGUAAAUUUAAACUUACUUAGUACUUAGUCUUGCUUAGUAAGUUGUAAAAGUUCAAGAAUCAAGUUGAGUAAGUCUGUCAUCUUAAGUCUAGUUACAUCUAGUACCAAAACAAACUAUAGAUCUAUAAGUGAAACUUCAACUUGUCAAAGAGAAAGUUACAAAAUCAUUCUCAAUGGGCAAAAAGGGAUUAGCUGAUAAAGUUAGAAACAAACAGAAGGCAAAGAGCAAGCAGGCACAAAAUCCAUUUGAAGUUAAAAUCAACAAAGUGAAAAGCUCAGUAGUGAAUAGAAAGCUACAGAAAUGGGAAAAAGGCUUGCCUGGAGUAUCUAGAUCAAAAGCUGUCAAAAAGCGUAAAGAUACACUGCUUAGAGAACUUCAUCAUAUGAAAAAGUCCAAUUUAUUGCAUGACAAACGAUUUGGAGAGAAUGAUUCCAACCUCACAGCUGAUGAAAAGAUGGUUCAGAGAUUUGCAAUGGAGAAGAAGAAACAAAUUCGAAAGAGUGAUUUUAAUUUGAAUGAAGAAGAAGUGGUACUAACUCACUACGGUCAGUCUCUAGCUGAGAACUUGCAGGAUACCAUUGGUAGUGAGUCUGAUGAUGAUGACGCCUCUAAAAAUCUUAAAACAGGUGAUCUUCAGUUUGGUGGUUUCACUAAUGACAGUGUUUCAUGGAAAGAUAAAAUGAAAGAAGUUAUAGCUGAAUCUAAAAAACAUAAGUUUGAACGUCAAGCAGAAAAAGAAAAGACAUUAGAGACAACAAAUGAGCUAGAUAAAAGCUGGAAGAGCAUCGUGACAACACUGAACCCAGUGAGAGACAAUCAGCUGAAUAAAGGCAAAGUUUCAAAUUUCAUGCAGUUGUUCCAUACACUGGUUAUGAGCCAAAAGUCUGACGGAGCGACUGAUAAAUUAAAAACUGAAGAAGAAAAAGCCAAGGAAGAAAUAGAGAAAUUAAAACAGCUAGAGGCAGAAAGAAUUGCUAGGAUGAAAGGUGAUGCACAGAGUUCUUCAAAGAGGGACCACACGUCUGCUGAUGAUUUAUGUGAUGGAUUUGCUGUUGAGAAACCCAGGCCCUUGGUAUCCUUUAGCAUUGAUGGAGCUAAUGUUGAGCAGGAUAAAGAUGAAAGCAACGAGGAGGAGGAGGAGGAUUCACAUACAGAUAAUGACAGUGAUGGAACUGAGGAAGAAAAUGAAGAUGAGGCUGAGUCAGGUGAUGAUUCAGACACAGAGGAAGAAGAGGACUCAGAAGAAGAUACAGAUAACUAUUCAGACUUAGCCUCGGAUACUGAAAGUGAAGCUGAAGCAGAUGGACAGAAAAAGUCCUCAAAUGUUAAAGCUAAAAAAGCCGAUGAAAAAUUGAAGCCUAUCCUGAAAACACCAAAGAUUGCAAUAAAACCAGGGGAGAGAAUGGAUUUGCCAUUCAUUAUUCCAGCUCCUGGAAGUCUGAAUGAGCUGAAAUCUCUCCUCCAUGGACAUAGUGCAGAGGAACAGGCCAUUAUAUUCACCAGGCUAAGAAAGUGCCACCAUCCCAGUUUGGCUGAAGGAAAUAAAGAAAAGUUAGAGCAAUUUCAUGUGUACUUACUGGAGUAUUUUGGCGAACUGUUUCAAGAAGAAAGUCUGGACAAACAUCUUGUAAACUCUGUUACUGUCAACCUUUGGGAAAUGACUCAGAUGUUUCCAGUGUCAACGGCUAAUUGCCUGCAGAAAAUAAUUGUUGACAGGCAGAAUUUAUAUGCAUCCAUGGCACAGAGCAAAGGAGGCAGAGGAUCUUUUGUUAGACUAGACACUAUGAUGUAUUUAAUGCUUGUUGAGCUGCUAUUCCCAACUUCAGAUUUUAAACAUCCUGUUACAACUCCUGCCAUUCAUUUUAUUACACAAAUAUUAGCAGAGUCCCCUGUAAGGAGCAUUCAUGAUGUUGUUGCUGGUUUAUUUUUGUCUUCUUUGGCAAUCAAGUUUGUUCAUCAGUCAAAAAGAUACAUUCCUGAAGUGGUCACUUUUUUGCAUGGAGUUUUGUUUUUAGCUGCAGACAUGUCAAAAGAGCUGAAAGUGUUCCCCCCAUGUCAAGCUUUAGGAAAGAAUGUUAGUCUAUUAAAAGUUCAUCAGAAAUGUGCCCUGGCAUUGCAAGACUGGUCCAUAAGUGAACUGCUUAAUUCCACAGCUGAUGUGCUUAACAAUGAUCAGUUCAGGUGCCAAGCUUUACUUAAGUGUUUAGUACUUGUUCAAGAUUGUUUGACAUUGUGGAAAGAUUUACCAUUGCUGGGUCAGGUUAUGAAACCUGUUCAAGAAAUUAUAGGCCUACUUCCUGAGCAUUUACUGCCACAAGAGGUCAUGGAUAAAUGUGAGUCAAUCAUCCAACUGAUUCAAGCUAGUGAAAGUAAAUCUUUAAAAGUCAUGCAGCCGCCAACUGUGAAACCUGUGCCUCUAAAGCUGUUUGAACCUGAGAUAGAAGAAUUUUGGGCUGGUAAACGCAAGAAGAAGGGACCCAACAAAAAUGAAAAUGAACAAAAGAGACUGACCCACAAGUACAAACGAGAGAUGAAGGCAGCUAUCAGAGAAAUCAAGAGAGAUAAUGAAGUUCUUGCACGUCACCAACUUGACACUGUUUUACAAAAAGAUGCAGACAGGAAGAGAAAGACAAAAACACUUUUGCAAAACUUGGCUGCUCAAGAAGGAGAUUACAAGGCCAUUAAAAAAGCCAAAUAUUGAGAAAAUAUUCUCUACCGUGAAUUUUCAAUAAAAAAUGUAAUGAUCAAA